GAGAUGGUCAAAUUCAUCAAGACGCUUAAUGCCCCCGCGGCCGGAGUGUUCUGCGAUGCCGAGUUCGGGCCUGUAGCAGCCAUGUCGGCAGGAAUCCACCCCAAGACCGCCAAGUCUCGAUUUCAGGGUUACACCUCCUGCGCUGCCGUGCUGUGCUGGAACCCUGGCUCGUUCGGAACCAAGUCCCGUGCCAGUAGUGUCAGCCAGGGUUUGUAGUCUAGUCGCUCAUUCAGAGGGUU